AUCCCAUGAUUAACAAACAAAGCAAAACAACAAAGAAAAGAAAUAAAACAACCUAAAGCCAAAAAAGAAAAGAAAAAAAAGAAGAACAAUGUCAACUAAGCUGCCACGUCAGUAGGUUGGUAUUUUGGUAACCCUAUGGGUUAGCAGAUCAUUGUCCAAGAAGCUAGAAAUCUGGCUAACUUUGUGUUCUAUAUCCCGCUAUAAUCCUUGUGCGAGAUCUAUAAUUCAAAAUUGGCUCGAUCUAAUUACACGCUGCCGCUAGAAUUUGAAGCUCUGCGACACUCACUGCUGCUCGGACAUUGUCUGCAGCAUUGCAGUGUGCAGAAUUGCGAAAGCUAUGCUCCAUCUUUAACUAUGAACCUCAGCUUCAGAAGUUGCUUGACAUUGUCAAAACCAUCGAGAAUUUCCUCCUGGAUGCUGAUGUCAAGUGCAGGGAGCUCACCAAUGAUGACCAAUACUGGGUCAAGAACCUCAAGGAUGUUUUCUAUGAUGCAGAUGAUCUGUUGGAUGAAUUCAACACAGUUGCUCACCAGCUGAAAAGAAUGCCUGGUGGUAAGAUCACCAAGAAGGCGUUUAAGGGUCUUGAACUUGGGUAGUUCUUUGAUGACUAGAACUUUACCGGAUACACUAGGUAAGCUAUUACAUAUGAGGCAUCUUGAUCUCUCUUGGAACAAGAAAUUGGAGAUGCUCCCUAAAUCAAUCACCAAACUUUACAAUUUACAAACAUUAAAGUUAGAUGGAUGCAUUAAACUAAAGGAGUUACCGGAGGACACGAAGAACCUAGUAAAUCUUAGGAUCUUGGGUAUAGAUGGAUGCAAGAGCUUGACUCAUAUGCCAGCAGGGUUGGAUAAAUUAACAUGUCUUCACACAUUACCAAGGUUUGUGGUGCGUGGGAAUGGUGAUUCCAAGCAAGACAAAGAAGGCAAGCUCUUAAACUUGAAUGCAUUUAUUAAUAACCUCAGAGGUUUUAUCGGCAUUACUCACUAUUCAAGCUCAGAAUAUAAUAUGCUAAAAAUUGUAAACAAAGAUAGCAUGGUAAAUGUCUGUCUGAAGUCUUCAAAGUUGUUGUGUAAGUUUAGGUCUUCUUACCAAGGUGAUGAGACACUGCUGGAGAGCCUCUUCCCUAACAACCAUGAUUUUCAGGAGUUGAGGAUGGAGAGAUAUGCAGGUACCAAAUUGCCAAGUUGGGUAUCAGCAAUUGCAACUUUUCUUCCAGGGCUUGUGAGUAUCGAGUUGUCAGUAUGUAAGGAAUUGCAACAUCUUUCAUCAUCACUUAGUCAGCUUUGUCAUCUUAAAUGUCUGAAGCUUUGGCAUAUGACGAAUGUAGAGUACAUAGAGAGCGAUGUACCAUCUCCAUCAGCAAAAUUCUUCCCUUCUCUUGAGAAUUUAGUGCUAGAAUAUAUGCCAAAGUUAAAGGGAUGGUGGAGAGAUAUAAGCUGGAUGAAAAAGGAAGCAAGUGGUGUGUGUUUGGUUGAUGGCACUGAACAAGCUGCUUUCCUACCCCCAUUCCCUCAUCUCCGCGAAUUGACUAUUCACGAGUGCAAAAGAUUGACAUACUUUCCACCAUGUCCACAUGUGAAAAUGCUGGUUCUUACCUGCAUCAAUGAAGCACUGACAUUUUGUAUGAAAGGAGGCGUUGUUCAAAGUCCAGUCCCAAGCACUAUUACUGCCUCCUCAUCAUUAUCCUCUAACGUGUCAGUGGCAUAUACUUUGCAGCGCUUGACUAUUGAUAAUUCAUGGGUGUUCAAUUCCCUAUUUCGGGAGUUUGUAGGAGGCGCUGUUUGUAUAAAACUGCUACGUAUGAACAUUUUGGGGUUCACCAAGGAGGGAUUUCAAAGCUGCACCUCUUCUUUUAGAGACCUUGUAAUUUUUAAUUGCUCCGGAUUAGAGAAUUUGGCAGCCAUAGGGAUAGAGCAGUUCACUAACCUAAAAUCCCUUGAAUUUUCUGCUUGUGAUGAAAACUUGGAAGGGAUGCCAUGGAAAUUUCUUCACUCCCUUCUUUUCUUGACUAUAUCUUGCCAUCCAGAGCUGGUAAAUCUGCCUAAAGGGCUUCAGCACUUGACCUCCCUUCAAUCCCUCCGUAUGUUUUUCUGCCACAACUUGGAAACUCUUGGGGAAUGCCUCAACUCCCUUACAUCAUUGCAAGUUCUUCAAAUUGAAAGGUGUUUCAAACUGAAAUCAUUGCCAGAAGCAAUGCGCCAUCUCACCUCUCUCACUAAACUUGAAAUAAUAAUGCCCAGCCCUGAGCUCAAAGAUAGAUGCCGAAAACCAGAUGGGGAAGACUGGCCCAAAAUAUGUCACAUCCCUCAUCUACAUAUUUCUUCAGGUCUGCUGUCUUGAAUUGGUUCGUUUUGGACAACAAAGCAUGAACAUAUUCAAGUCCUCACAAUGGAGAUGCGCUUAGGUGAUCAGAUUUCGCAGAUGCGAGUUUUCUUCUCGUGCAGCCCUCAACUGAAGAUUUCUACUCGGCAACUCGCAGUCUGAAGUGGAAGUCUUGUAUGGAUCUCACAAUAUCCGGGUUAGUCUGUGCUAAUUUCCCAGCACCUCUGUCUACUCUGUUUAGUUUUCUAGAGGGGACUCAACUCCUGUAGUUCUUUUAAGAGUUACAGUACUUAUGCUCAGAACUAGGGGUAAGUCGAUCCUUAUAUGAUGUCAAAAAACCUUGGAAAUUCUAGUUUCAUCUACUGUUAUGAGUUUAUGAUAUGCCAUGAGGCAGGAUUAGAACACACGAGUACAAAAUUCAAUUAAUGAUUCAUUGCCUAUGCCUGGUUACUCAUGGAGUCAUGGCCCUCGAAAAAGGGAAGAAAAAAGAGAUGACUUGAGUAAUUUUGUCCUUUUUUUGUAAUUUUUGAUAGACUCCAUGAGUAAUUUAGCUGCUUGGCGCUGUAUUGUGGUCACUUCUUAAUCCAUGAAUCAGAAAUGGGUCGGUCAGCAAACCUAGCUACUUGGCUGUUUUGGCACUGGUAAAUGAGUAACGGCAUGGACUAAAAGGAAGUCACUUAAUAAUCACAUGAGCAGCUUAAUUUGACAUCGAGUCAUCUAUUAUAUCGAGGUAUAUGAAGUCUUGGUAUGGGAAUUCUUAGGCUAAACUAUUAACCAGAUGCAACAUCUUUCAUCAUCAUUGAGUCAACUUUGUGAUCUCAAAUAUCUUAAACUUCAUCAAAUGGAGAAUAUAGAGUACAUACAGAGCAAUGCACCAGUACCACCAUCCCCGUUCUUCCCUUCUCUAGAGAAGUUAGAGUUUGAAGAUAUGCCGAAUUUAAAGGGAUGGUGGAGAGAUAUAAGAUGGAUGGAAAAGGAAGAAGGUGUUGGAUUGAUUUCAAUGAACUAGUUGUUUUCCUCCCAUCAUUUCCUAGUUUGUGUAAUUUGAAAAUUACAAGAUGCAACAGAAUGACAUACUUUCCUCCAUGUCCACAUGUAAAAGAACUUACUCUUGAAGAAGACCAUGAAGCACUGACAUUUUGUAUGAAAGGAGGCGGCGUAGAUCAAAGUUCAUGCAUUUUGAAGGGCUUGGUCAUAGACAAUUCAUGCCUUUUCAAUUCCCUAUUUAGGGAGUUUGUUGGAGGCUCUGUUGAUAUCGUAUUAAGUAAUAUACAAAAUUUGGGGGAAAUUAGAGAGGGAUUUCUAAGCUGUGCCUCUUCUCUUUGCAACCUCAGAUUUAUAUCUUGCUCGGCAAUGGAGAAUAUGGCGAUAGAGCAUCUUACCAACCUAAAAUCCCUCACAAUUUCAUUUUUUAAGGAUAACUUAGAAGGGAUGCCAUGGAAAUCUUUUCAUUGUCUUCCUUCUUUGACAUUAUUCUUCCUUAAUGAAGUGGUAAAUCUACCAAAGGGGUUUCAGUACUUGACCUCACUUGUCUCCCUUAAGCUUUGGAACUGCCGAAACUUGGAGGCCCUUGGGGAAUGCGUCAACUCCCUAACAUCUCUUAAAGUUGUUCUCCUUGAGGACUGUCCCAAAUUUGUAUCAUUGCCAGAAGAAAUCUGCCACCUCACUUCCCUCACUACACUUGCAAUAGGAUUUGCCUCUGAGGAGCUCCUUGAUAGAUGCCGAAAACCAGAUGGGGAGGACUGGCCCAAAAUAUGCCACAUACCUCAUAUGAUCAUUUCUUCUCGUAAACAACUUUCCCGAUUUUUCAAUCUUACUUAUUCUCUUUUUUCUUUUGCAUAACCCAAGUAAUUUCGGAAUUGGAUAAUUCUUUUUGUCGAUUUACGAUGUUGCUAUAUUUUUGAAUAUUUACUCUAAUAUUAUUGGGACAUACUUCCUUCACGUGGAAAUAAUUGCUGCAUCUACAAAAAUACUCCCUUUCCCCCACUACUUGAAUUGGAUGUAUUGCAAGAAAUUAUUACAAGUAUUAUUUUUCGUGUAUCUCCUUGCUUGAAUUGAAUGAUAGGAAGAGUAUAUGAAUACCCCAACUAUAUUAAAGACCAAAAGAUACGAAGCAUUGCAACUACACUGAAGAAUGUUCCAUGAAUUGUGCAAUACUCCCUCCGUAUUUUUAUCAAGUGAUACACUUUCCUUAUUCGGCCGUAUUUUAUUAAGUAAUAUACUUUCUAUUUUUGGCAUGUCAUGGUCCCCACUCCCAAUUACAUUAAUCUUUCUCUCCCUCUUAUAGUUCUCAUACUUACUCACAUCAUCUUCUUAUUACAACAAGUAAUAACUCACUACCUCACUUCCAUCUUAUUUUAAUAAAAUCAACUCAACCUCUUAUUACAAUAAAUAAUUCAGCCACUAUCAAUUUUUUUUACAAUAAAUAAUAACUCGCUACCCAACUUCCAUCUUAUUUUAUUACCCUCUUAAAAUCUCAUGUCGAUCAAAGUGUAUCACUUAGUAAAAUACGGAGGGAGUACUAUAAAGUAAGGAACCUGUUACGCAACAAAGUUUGCCAGGUAGAUAGGAGUUGGAUUAAUAAUUUAUAGUUGUAUUCUGAUGUUUAGGCUAGAUUUUCUGGCUCAGUUUUGAUGUUAAUUUGUUGUAUAGGGGUUCAUGUCCAAGUGUCCUACUCGGCUAUUUUGUGAAAUAAUUCCAUGAUUUUGGUCCAAAAUGAAGUGUCAGAGUGUCGAGGUUCCGACACGGGUACGUGUAGUAAAAUGAAGAGCAAAAGAGUCCAAGUAAUAUAGGUUAUACGAACUGAACUUAUUUGAACUUAUUAGACUUGAACUUACCUAAACUUGUUAGACAUAAUUAAACCUGAUAGGACUGAAUGAAACUGAUAAGACGUGAUUGUAAGUUAUCUUAUUGGAUCUGAAACUAAGUUCGUAUUUUUUAAGGUGAAGAGAAAACAGACACCAAAAUUUUGUUUGAGCUAUUUAGUAAACACAUAAUUUCUAUUAGUCUUGUAAUAUAUCAGAGACUCUCUAUCUAGCUAGUGUUGGAUGUUGUUGUAUUCUUUAUUCAUUAGACACUGUUUUGUUUGUUCUAGUUCAUACUGCAAAAGUGAGAUGUCUAAACUCUGAAGGCAUGUCAUCUGCAUAGUUUGUUUGAUCAUUGAAUUGGAUGGGGAAACCUUGCAGAUCAUAUGCAUCAGGAUAUAUUCCUGGCCAUGAACUAUCUAAUUCUUGUUUUGUGAGACUUUUCAGAAACAGUCUUGCAAAAGGUCUAUUGACAAUUUGACAUGACCAGCAUUGAGAAGAAACAAGAUUCUAACAAUCUAACUCAGUUCCUGGUUGGUGGAUGGGGAUACUCUAUCUUGAGGGGUAAAUGUUCUAUUAGUAAGGUCUAUAGAAGCUUUCAAGGUGACUGCAUUAAGGCCCCUUGGAGGAGGGUCAUCUGUAAUAACAAAGCUAGCCCUAGAAGUGUCUUCAUCACCUGGUUAGCUAUUCUCAAUAGACUAUAUACUGCUGACAGGAUUCAGACUUGUGCCCCAUUCCUUGUUCUGAUGUCUGCAUUUGCGUUUUGUGUACUGCGAUUAAAGAUUUCAUGAAGAGCAUGAGUUACAGAUGCUCCAUUCAAAUUACGAAGAUAAACAAUUCCUCGCGGUUUACUCAGCAAUGUGUUUGUUUGUAUUCAUGUUGUAAUCUCUCACCUAAGCACAUGAUAUUGGAGGUAGUUGACAACCCUUCCUAGAAGGUGGGUCUUCCGUCUCUCUGAUGCUUUGGCAAUGGUGUUGAUAGGCCUCGAACUUAUGGGUGUGCUUUUCGCUCUACAAUAACAUACCCUUGACGCUGAUCUGGUUAGAUGGUGAAUUCUCCACUUAGAUACCAACAGAUAAAAGAGUAGAGAGACUCUUAGUUGCUUCCUGUUUAUAACACUAAUCUCUAUAUCAAGCUGUAAUUAUCAAAGUAAACAACAGCUAUUGCACUUGAAAAGUUUGACUAAUUUUCAGUUUUGCAUUGCUGUGACUUUUGUAAAACAAUGCUGCAAUUGUACAUCGAAUAUGAUCUUGAUAUCCUA